UAUAAAGUGUUAACGAACAUUAACACUUUACAAUACGUAACCUAACUUGAUCUUAACAACUUAAGUAACCUAACUUUAACUGAAAAAUUAAAAACACAUGACUGAUUUGUUAAUUUGAUAAGUACUUGAAGAAAAUAAUAGAUAGUUGUUGUAACUAAGUUUGUACAUAAUAAUUCUAUUCUUAAGAAUUUUGUUUUAUUGUAAAUGAUAAGAUGUCAAAUACAAAAGAAUUUUUUCUUUCGGUUACACAACGUAUUUUUAGUAACUGGACUGCAUUAAAAAUGGCAGUAGAACAUGGAAUGGGUAUAAAGGAAAGAGCAAUAGAUUUCUGUCCAUAUAUGACAGAGGUUAUGUAUAUGAAUGAGGGUUUAAAUACCAAUGAAAUUGCUAAUGAAUUGGAAGAUUACAUGGAUGAGCAUUUUAACACAGAACUUCAAGAUAAUAGUGCAAUGCAAGUAGCAGAAGAAUUGUUAAGAUUUUAUCGUUAUUGUAUUGAAAAUAAUGAAAAUUUGGCAAUGACAGAACUUGAAAAGUUACCACCAUUACAAUCAUGGAUUAUAACAAAUGAACCUAUAAAAAAAAUUCAAAAUUCAUAUGCUAUAGAAAAUGAUAGUUCUGAAAAUGAAGAAGAAACAUCUGUUUGUAUGAAAGUUGCAGAUGAAUGGACAGAAGUAAAAACUAGACGAAAAAGAUAACUAAUAUUUGAUAUUUUAAAAGGUACUUUUUUUUAUUUUUUUCCCCUUUUUUUUUUUUUUUUUACAAAAGAACAGAUUAACAAAGAAUAUAUAAACUACUGUUUUACAGUACAUGUGCAUUUUGUAAUUGCAAUGUAUUCUAUAAUUUUGUAACCAAUCACUUAUCUAAGCAGUCUUUGGAACAUUGUCAAAGUUUAUUUGGCAGUUUCAGUUAUUAUUUCUAAAGAAAUAAAAAAAGUACAUAAAAUGUUAAUAAAUAU